GGGAUAUAGGGAGAGAACCUUGCUGUGGAUGCGAAAGACACAUGCUUGGGUGGAUGAUCUGAGAUCAUGUCACUCUAUCAGGGUAGUAGAGAGUUGUGUAUAUACGUACGAUCCUACAAAAUGUAAGAUUAGAUGGGUGGCAAACGCUGAAGGAACACAUACUAAAGAUGCCACGACGAGGUCAAAUCGUCCUUCGUGCUCAUCAAGUAGUUUACACACCAGCGGCAAGAUUGCAUCGCCGUCUUUAACGGCCAACGAGCCGUCUGGUGGUAGGAAAUCGUAUUGGAUAUCCACCAGGAGAAGUGCGAGCUUGCCCAUAAUAAUAGAACUGGUUGGAGGGGGAUGGACUCGUCUUCAGGACAAGAAUGGGAACUGGACAACUUGCGUUCUAGUCGAAUCCAUUGAUAGCGACACCUCUCCAGCUAUUAGAGCCCUCUCUAUAUCAAACUGCAUAUCAUAUCAUAAUAUAGGAGUCGAUACAACUCAUUUAAUCUCAAACGAGUCGACUCGCUAUGAUAAAGGAAAGCUAUUCUUACACCCCAACCAAGACCUUUUUCUCCUCCUUCACAUCUCAUUUUUCUUCCGCGAGCCGGUUCUUGCAUCACCUUUCCACUUCCCACUUGGCCCUUCGGAUUCUCCACAAGGAUACAACCUAGCUCAACCACUCAUCAUGCUCAGAUAUCACACGUUCCUUUGGGCAGUCCCGUUUCUUACCGCCGGUACGCUGGCAAAGAUUGUGCCCAAAGAACCCACAGAAAAUCAGAGCUUCCGCACAGGAGAAGCUGGGUCAGUGCUGAGUUCAGUGUUCACAGACUUGAUGUCUGGAGCUCAGCCAGAAGCCACUGUCGUUUCCAAUGUCGCGGAAUCUGUUUCGUUGACAGGACCGGGAGCUUCUUCCUUCUCAUGGACGUGUCCCGCCGUUGAAUCCGAGGGGCCAGUUUACAGUUACAUGGUAAAUAGAUCACUUCAUCAAUCAGUUGGUACUAACUCAUUCUCUACAGUUUACGCCGCUUGA